CUCCUCUCCUUCCGUACCGCUGCCUGUCGGAGCAGCUGUCAGAGCGAUGCUAACUUAGCUGCUGUUUGUCUGGAAGCUGCCGGCGCCGGGAGAGGCUACAGGUGGAACAAUGGCGGGUGUACACCCCCAGGACGACCUGCUGAAGAUGACACACAGAGAAAACUGGAAGGUGCAGCACGAGCGUCUACAUGUGAAGCACCGGGGGCACGAGGCCAUGCACGCAGAGAUGGUGCUGAUCCUCAUUGCCACGCUGGUGGUGGCUCAGAUAGUCCUGGUGCAGUGGAAGCAGCGGCACCACCGCUCGUACAACCUGGUGACUCUGGUCCAGAUGUGGGUGGUCCCCCUUUACUUCACCAUCAAACUGUACUGGUGGAGGUUCCUGUCCAUGUGGGGCAUGUUCUCCGUCGUCACCAGCUACGUCAUCUUCAGAGCCACUCGCAAGCCGCUGUCCUGCAGGACGCCGAGGAUGGUGUACAAGUGGUUCCUGUUGAUCUACAAGCUGAGCUAUGCGGUGGGCGUCCUGGGAUACCUGGCCAUCAUGUUCACCAUGUUCGGCUUCAACGUCUUCUUCAGGAUCAAGGCGGAGGACUCCAUGGACGUGGGUGUGAUCAUGUUGUUUUACGGUCUUUACUACGGAGUCAUGGGCAGAGACUUUGCUGAGAUCUGCUCCGACUACAUGGCUUCUACGAUCGGGUACUACAACCAGGGAGGCAUGCCCACCAGGAGCCUGACCAACGACAUCUGUGCGGUGUGUGGUCAGAAGAUCCUGGUGGACGUGGAGGAGGAGGGAUUUAUAGAAGACACCUACCAGCUCUCCUGCGGUCACAUAUUCCACGAGUUCUGCAUCCGCGGCUGGUGCAUUGUGGGUAAGAAGCAGACGUGUCCAUACUGCAACGAGAAGGUGGACUUGAAGCGGAUGAUGAACAACCCUUGGGAGAAGACUCACGUCCUCUACGGGCAGCUGCUCGACUGGCUCAGAUACCUGGUCGCCUGGCAACCCAUCAUCAUCGGUAUCGUCCACGGGAUUAACUUCACACUGGGCCUCGAGUAGAGCCCUGAGGAACGCCGCUGUAUGUAUGACUGGGGUGGAGCAAAGCGCUGCAAACGUUUGGCAGGAAAUUGUCAACGUCAGCGCUCCAAGGAACUGACUCAGGCUGCUUUUCAGGUCUUUCGUUUCUCCGAUACGUGGUCUUCGACUGAACGCUCGCACAGGUCCCGGCAGAGCGACCCCAGGUGGUCUGGGUCUCUGUGCGCUGAGGACUCUGUGAUCCUAAAACUGCUGCCAACUUAAGCAAAAGUAUUCAAGCACAGAUCCAGUAUUUGAUCUUUUCAAAGCAUCUGACACAGGAGAUGUGUCUGGUUUGGAACUUAUGGAAACGUCGCUGUCAUGCAUGUCGUUUUGUUGACGUAGACCUUUGCUUUACUUUGUCCUGUGCCAUAGGUUUAUUUGCACUCCUCACCGCUGGUUCCACUAACGAGUUUCUGCUCAAACUGCUCUCCUACAGGUUUUGAUCUGCAUUUUGAAAACUGCAGCUCUUUGCACAUUGAUUACAAAAAGGACAGUUCAGUCCAAAUAAUUGUGAUGAACAUAAAACCUGUUUACAUUUCAUAUAGCUGAAGUUUCAUUUGUAAAGUCUGUUACAUUAUGUUUGUACGGUUUGUACGAAGCUGAGGUUGUCACUACAGCUGAUAGUCCAUGCUGCUGAUGUUUGGGAGUAAACUAUUUCACGCAUAUGGGCGUGUGCCCUGUAACUACAGUAACCACCGUCCAAACAUCAGUAAUGGGUUUGAUCAGUUUUCUUUUGCCAAAUCACAUACACAUUGCUUUCUUAUCAAGACUGCUGCUAUGAACUUUGUACUGAAUAAAUGUUAAUAAAUCACA